AUGGCCUUGAAACGGAUCAACAAGGAAUUGAAGGAUGUGCUCACAGAUCCUCCUUCAUCUUGCAAUGCUGGUAAUUUCUACACUCUUUAUUGCCCAACCAGUGAUGACAUGUUCCGUUGGCAAGCUUCUAUUGUGGGUCCCGCAGAUAGUCCAUAUGCUGGUGGUGUGUUUCUCGUGUCAAUUCACUUCCCUCAAGACUAUCCUUUCAAGCCACCCAAGGUUUCAUUCCGCACAAAGGUUUACCACCCUAACAUCAACAGCAGUGGAAGCAUUUGCCUUGACAUUCUCAAAGACCAAUGGAGCCCAGCUCUCACAAUUUCCAAGGUUCUCCUUUCGAUAUGUUCUCUGUUAACAGAUCCAAACCCAGAUGAUCCACUGGUGCCUGAGAUUGCUCGUAUGUACAAAACUGACAAGGCCAAGUAUGAGGCUACUGCUCGAGCCUGGACCCAGAAAUAUGCCACAGGCUAA